UUCAGGGGCUUCCUCUGGGUCACCCAGAAUGCCUUUCCACCUACUGGGUGAGAGCUGAGCCACCUUCCAGACUCUCAGCUCUGCUCUUUUCUGAUGGCGUUUUGACUGCAUCAAGUCCAGGUGACCAGCUGCUCAGGAUGAAUGACGAGAAGAACCUUGGGGUGUCUCAAAAACUGGUCUCCCCUUCAAGGAGCACAAGUAGCUGCUCCUCCAAGCAAGGGAGUCGACAGGACAGCUGGGAAGUGGUAGAAGGUCUCAAGGGAGAAGUGAAUUACACCCAGGAGCCGCCAAUUCAGACAGGAUUCCUGCUGAAAAAGAGGAAAUGGCCCCUAAAGGGCUGGCAUAAGAGAUUUUUCUAUCUGGACAAAGGAAUCUUGAAAUAUGCCAAGAGCCAAACAGAUAUAGAGAGAGAGAAGCUGCAUGGCUGUAUCGACGUGGGACUCUCAGUGAUGUCUGUAAAGAAGUCAUCAAAGUGCAUUGAUCUUGAUACUGAGGAGCACAUCUACCAUCUGAAGGUGAAGUCAGAUGAUGGCUUUGAUGAGUGGGUAUCCAAGCUCCGUCACCACAGAAUGUAUCGUCAAAAUGAAAUUGCCAUGUUUCCACGUGAUGUCAAUCACUUUUUCUCAGGAUCUACUGUCACAGACUCUGCCUCUGGGAUGUUUGACUCCAUGUCAAGUAGGAAGCGCAGCAGUAUAUCAAAGCAGAAUUCAUUUCAAACCGGAAGCAAUCUGUCAUUUUCCUGUGGUGGGGAGACUCGAGUUCCUUUGUGGCUGCACUCUUCAGAGGACAUGGAAAAAUGCUCAAAAGACCUGGCACACUGUCACACCUACCUGGUGGAAAUGAGCCAGCUCCUAGAAAAUAUGGACGUUCUACACCGGACGUAUUCCGCACCAGCUAUCAACGCCAUCCAGGGUGGAGCUUUUGAAAGUCCCAAAAAGGAAAAAAGAUCCCACAGGAGGUGGCGGUCCAGAGCUAUUGGCAAAGAUGCUAAAGGAACGCUACAGGUCCCUAAGCCUUUCUCUGGCCCGCUGAGAUUGCACUCCUCCAACCCGAACUUAUCAACACUAGAUUUUGGAGAAGAGAAGAAUUACUCUGAUGGCUCGGAAACGUCAUCAGAGUUUUCCAAAAUGCAGGAAGACCUGUGUCAUAUUGCCCAUAAAGUUUACUUCACUUUAAGGUCAGCCUUUAAUGCAAUAUCAACGGAGAGAGAGAAAAUGAAGCAGCUGAUGGAACAAGAUGUCACCUCCUCGCCCUCCGCCCAGGUCGUUGGUCUGAAGCAUGCCCUGUCAUCCGCCUUAGCACAAAACACAGAUCUUAAAGAGCGCUUACGCAGAAUCCAUGCCGAGUCUCUGCUCCUCGACCCCCCUGCUGUUGUCAAGUUGGGUGACAGUCUGGCAGAGGAAAACUCCAGAGAUGAAAACCGAGCUCUGGUCCACCAGCUUUCCAAUGAAAGCAGACUCUCCAUCACUGACUCCCUUUCUGAGUUUUUUGAUGCCCAGGAAGUUCUGCUGUCACCGAGCUCUUCAGAAAAUGAGAUUUCUGAAGAUGACUCAUAUGUCAGUGACAUAAGUGAUAACCUUUCCUUAGACAACCUCAGUAAUGAUUUAGACAAUGAGAGACAGACCUUGGGGCCUGUUCUGGAAGGUGGCAGAGAAGAGAAGUCCAAGAGAAGAACGUGCCUGCCGGCGCCAGGCCCCAACACCAGCAACAUCAGCCUGUGGAACAUCCUGAGGAACAACAUCGGGAAGGACCUGUCCAAGGUGGCGAUGCCCGUGGAGCUGAACGAGCCCCUGAACACGCUGCAGAGGCUGUGCGAGGAGCUGGAGUACAGCGAGCUGCUGGACAAGGCCACACGCAUCCCUAGUGCCCUGGAAAGGAUGGUGUACGUGGCAGCCUUUGCAGUAUCCGCAUAUGCAUCAAGCUACUUCCGAGCGGGGAGCAAGCCAUUUAAUCCUGUUCUUGGAGAAACAUACGAGUGUAUUCGUGAAGACAAGGGCUUCCGGUUUUUUUCAGAACAGGUCAGCCAUCAUCCACCUAUCUCUGCAUGUCAUGCUGAGUCUGGAAAUUUUGUUUUCUGGCAAGAUGUGAGAUGGAAAAAUAAAUUCUGGGGUAAAUCCAUGGAAAUUGUUCCAAUUGGCACAACCCAUGUGACUCUGCCAGCUUUUGGAGAUCAUUUCGAGUGGAACAAGGUGACCUCUUGCAUCCAUAACAUCUUGAGCGGACAAAGGUGGAUUGAGCACUAUGGAGAGAUAGUCAUCAAGAAUCUGAGCGACGAUUCCUGCCACUGCAAAGUGAAUUUUAUCAAGGCAAAAUACUGGAGCACUAACGCCCAUGAGAUUGAAGGCACAGUAUUCGACAGGAGCGGGAAAGCCGUGCACCGACUGUUUGGGAAAUGGCACGAAAGCAUCUACUGUGGUGGCGCCUCCUCCUCCACCUGUAUCUGGAGAGCAAAUCCCAUGCCCAAAGGCUAUGAGCAAUAUUAUGGCUUCACACAGUUUGCACUAGAAUUAAAUGAAGUGGAUCCAUUGUCAAAGUCUUUAUUACCACCUACUGACACUCGAUUUAGACCAGACCAAAGGUUUCUAGAAGAAGGAAACAUAGAAGAAGCUGAGAUGCAAAAGCAAAGGAUUGAGCAGCUGCAGAGAGAAAGGCGGCGGGUGUUAGAAGAAAAUAACUUGGAGCACCAGCCUCGGUUUUUCAGGAAAUCCGAUGAUGACUCUUGGGUGAGCAACGGCACAUAUCUGCAACUUAGAAAAGAUCUUGGCUUUUCCAAACUGGACCAUCCUGUCUUGUGGUGAAAGAAGAAAGAUGUGUCUUUGUAUUGCUCUCAAAUUUGCUGUCUGAAGCAGCAGCACAAAUCUGUGUCAAUAUAUUUAAAAGAUUCUAUCUAGAAUGUUCAAUUGUGCUUAUUCUAUUGUUGUAAGUAUUUAAGUAUCUAUUUUCUUCCAUGGGUUUCUUUACAAUUUCAGAUGUUAUCAAGAUUGUUUAUAUGAAUGUAGAACACCUUGGUAUUUCUUUUUAUAUAAACUAUUUAAUAAAAAUGAAAGAUUGAA